UGUGUAUGGUUGUCCCUUGGCUAAAAAAAGAAAAACGCAGGAUAAACAGCCCCAAGAGCCCGCCCCCAAGCGCAAGCCCUUCCCGGUGAAAGCGGACAGCUCCUCAGUGGAUGACUGCUAUGACAGUGAUGGCACCGAGGACAUGGACGAGAAGGAGGAAGACGAGGAGGACGACUACUCGGAGGACAACGACGAGCAGGGCGAGGAGGACGAGGAGGAGGAGGACGGGGACCGGGAGGACGAGGAGGAGGUUGAGGAGGAGGAGGAGGAGGACGAGGAGGAUGGAGAAGACGUGGAGGACGAGGACGAGGAUGAGGACGAGGACGAGGAGGAGGAGGAGAACGAAGACCAUCAAAUGGAUUGUCACAAUGCUCGGAUAAUGCAGGACACAGAGCAGGAUGACAACAAUAACGAUGAAUAUGACAAUUAUGAUGAGCUGGUGGCCAAGUCCUUGCUAAACCUCGGCAAAAUUGCUGAGGACGCAGCCUACAGGGCCAGGACUGAGUCGGAAAUGAACAGCAAUACCUCCAACAGCCUGGAAGAUGACAGUGACAAAAAUGAAAACUUGGGUCGCAAAAGCGAACUCAGUUUAGACUUAGACAGCGACGUGGUCAGAGAAACAGUGGACUCCCUUAAGCUGCUAGCACAAGGACACGGCGUCGUGCUCUCAGACAACAUCAACGACAGAAGCUACACAGACGGCAUGUCACAGCAGGACAGUCGGAGCGUGAACUAUGUCAUGUUGGGGAAGCCCGUGAACAACGGGCUCGUGGAGAAAAGGGUGGAGGAGAGCGACGAGGAGGUGUGCCUGAGCAGCCUGGAGUGUCUGAGGAACCAGUGCUUCGACCUGGCCAGGAAGCUCAGCGAGACCACCCCGCAGGAGCGGAACCCCCAGCAGACCCUGAGCGGGCGCCAGCACACCAGACAGGAGGACGACUUCCCGGGCAGGACACCGGACAGGAACUACUCAGACAUGAUGAACCUCAUGAGGCUGGAAGAGCAGCUGAGUCCCCGGCCCAGAACGUUUUCUAGUUGUGCAAAGGAGGACGGGUGUCACGAGCGAGAUGACGACACUACCUCCGUCAACUCGGACAGGUCCGAGGAGGUGUUUGACAUGACCAAGGGGAACCUGACUCUUCUCGAGAAAGCCAUCGCCUUGGAAACGGAAAGAGCAAAGGCCAUGCGGGAGAAGAUGGCCAUGGAAGCGGGGAGGAGGGACAAUAUGAGAUGCUACGAGGACCAGUCUCCAAGGCAGCUUCCCGGGGAGGACAGGAAGCCCAAGUCCAGCGACAGUCAUGUCAAAAAGCCAUAGUAUGGUAAAGAUCCCUCGAGAACAGAAAAGAAAGAAAGCAAGUGUCCAACCCCCGGGUGUGAUGGAACCGGCCAUGUAACUGGGCUUUAUCCGCAUCACCGCAGUCUGUCCGGAUGCCCGCACAAAGAUAGGGUCCCUCCAGAAAUUCUCGCCAUGCACGAGAAUGUGCUCAAGUGCCCCACACCAGGCUGCACGGGGCGCGGGCACGUGAACAGCAACAGGAACUCUCACCGAAGCCUUUCCGGAUGCCCUAUUGCUGCAGCAGAGAAACUGGCGAAAGCCCAAGAAAAACACCAGAGCUGUGAUGUGUCCAAGUCCAGCCAGGCCUCGGACCGAGUCCUAAGGCCAAUGUGCUUCGUAAAGCAGCUCGAGAUUCCUCAGUAUGGCUACAGAAACAACGUGCCCACCACCACGCCACGUUCCAACCUGGCCAAGGAGCUCGAGAAGUAUUCCAAGACCUCGUUUGAGUACAACAGUUACGACAACCAUACUUAUGGCAAGCGAGCCAUAGCUCCCAAGGUGCAAACCAGGGAUAUGUCCCCCAAAGGAUAUGACGAUGCGAAGCGCUACUGCAAGAACCCGAGCCCCAGCAGCAGCACCACGAGCAGCUACGCGCCCAGCAGCAGCAGCAACCUGAGCUGCGGCGGCGGCAGCAGCGCCAGCAGCACCUGCAGCAAGAGCAGCUUCGACUACACGCACGACGUGGAGGCGGCGCACAUGGCGGCCACCGCCAUCCUCAACCUGUCCACGCGCUGCCGCGAGAUGCCACAGAACCUGUCCACCAAGCCGCAGGACCUGUGCGCUGCGCGGAACCCUGACAUGGAGGUUGACGAGAACGGGACCCUGGACCUCAGCAUGAACAAGCAGAGGCCGCGAGACAGCUGCUGCCCCGUGUUGACCCCUCUGGAGCCCAUGUCCCCCCAGCAGCAGGCGGUGAUGAACAGCCGGUGUUUCCAGCUGAGUGAGGGGGAUUGCUGGGACUUGCCAGUAGACUACACCAAAAUGAAGCCCCGGAGAAUAGACGAGGAUGACUCCAAAGAGAUCACUCCAGAAGACUUGGACCCGUUCCAGGAGGCUCUAGAAGAGAGAAGGUAUCCCGGGGAGGUGACCAUCCCAAGUCCCAAACCCAAGUACCCUCAGUGCAAGGAGAGCAAAAAGGAUUUAAUAACUCUUUCUGGCUGCCCGCUGGCUGACAAAAGCAUCCGAAGUAUGCUGGCCACCAGCUCACAAGAACUCAAGUAAGAUUUUUAUUGAAAAUAAUUAUCUUUUAGAAACCUAUUUACUCAGUAGUUCACAAAAAGUAAUGUGUCAUUGAAAAGAAAAGUGUGUUUAAAAAACUCACCUGUACACAUCAGUGCCUUGAUCUAGUGUCCAUUCUCUGGUCCUCAGAUUUCAGCCACUGCUCUGGACAAUCCACUCUGCCUUUUCUCCUGACAUUUAUCUCUAGUUCUUUUGUAUCAUAUCCUCUCUCUCUCUCGAAUUCCUGAAGCAUAUGUGCUUUCUCUUCACAUAUGCAUGAACGUAGAAGAGAAAUUUUACAAAGUUACUAAAGCUUUUAGGAAAUGACUGUAAUUUAAAGAAUCAAAAUUGAUUUUUUUAAACCACAACUUAAUACGAUUAUUUAAAUUAUGGAUACUUAAAUAGCACUAAUGAUAAAAAUCUACCAUGAUAAUUGCUUAUUCCUAAAUACACU